AUGAUUUCUCUUGAUCGCAACGAGCAGCAGCAUCUUAUUCUCCCGAUAAGAAGCUACCAUGGUGAUGGAGAACAUGCUCCAAACAAGUACUACGAUUCCAUUUCUCGACCUGUCAAACAAGAUCAUGAUGGCCAAGAUGAUGGCGAUGACGAUGGAGAGAAUAAGGCGGGGAUUUCCAUCCUCGUUAUGGUUACAUGCUUGUCUAUGGGCAGCUUUUUAGCAUGCUUAGAUAACUCGAUUGUUUUCACAGUGAUGUCCCAAAUUGGCAGCGAAUUCAAGCAAUCCAACCUUGCUACAUGGAUCCAAACUAUUUACUCACUUUUUGUUGUCACAACCUUGCCCUUAUCAAGUCGGCUUUCUGAUAUGUUUGGACGAAAGCCGGUCCUCAUGGCCAUUAGCUUUCUUUUCCUAGUGGGAUCGGCUGGUUGUGGUUUCUCUCAAAACUUGUCGCAACUGAUCUUUUUCCGUGCCGUGGCAGGUCUUGGUGGAGGAGGUCUUGUUUUCUUGCCGGAUGUCCUCAUCCAUGACUUGGCGCCACUGAAAAAUCGUAGCGGGUACCAAUCGUACGUGACCUGCAUGAAUUCGGUUGCACUGGCUUUGGGCUCCCCCAUUGGAGGAUUUAUCACCAACUUGGUAGGUUGGCGGUAUUGUUUCCACAUGAACGUCAUCCCCCUUGCUGUCAGCUUGUAUGUCUUUACAUUUCAUUUGAAAAACUAUCGCGUUGCCAGCAUGGACCAAAUGGGCAAGGUUUCAAUGAUGGAUCGUAUCAAGCUUGUUGACUUUGGUGGCUCCAUUCUUUGUGGUAUCGGCAAUGCCGCGCUUUGUACCGCAUUGAUUCUUGGUGGCAAUACACGUGACUGGAGUGAUCCAUUUGUUGUUUCAAUGAUGGUGGCUGCCAUUGCAUCCUUCAUUUCACUUGGUCUCUACGAAGUCUAUGUUCCAAAAUUCCCAUUGUUGCCACCCUACUUGUUCCGUAAUCGCACCGUAGUCAUUGGAGGCCUUGGCAUGAUGCUUGUAAGCAUGUUAUCAGGUGGCUGCAAUAUCUCAUUGCCCCAAUUUUUCAUGGGCGUAUUGGGAUUAUCCAUUGACAAGGCUGGUUUGUGUGUUGCAGCUCACACAAUUGGCGUCAUUGCAGGUUCCUUUGCUGCCGGUUGGUAUGUGCAACGUCCAAGAUCGUUUCGUAAUAGCGGCAUGGGGAUUGCCAUUACACUCGGCGUUGCUUGCGCAUUCAUGUACUUUUGGAUGUUACAGCAAAUCUCGUUCCCAGUUGGAAUGUUAUUGUUUACCUUGGCAGGUUGUGCCAUCGGAGCUUAUGUUAUCAUUGUCAAAGUGGCGGUUCCAGUAGCGGUUUCAAAAGCAGAUAUGACAUUUGUAUUCAUGCUGAUUCAAUUGGCUCGACACAUGGGAACAAUCCUCGGCGUAUCAGCAACAUCCUCAGUUACACAAGCAAGUCUCAAAAUUCUGUUGCAUGAACGUUUCAAAGGUCCCGACGCUGAGCAACUUGUACAUUUCAUUCGCACAUCGUUACGCGAGGUGCACACAUUAUCACCCAAAAUCCAGGCUAUCGUUGCCGACAUCCUGGCCAUCUCAUUAUCAAGGGCGUUCAUUCUCCUUACAGGUGUUGCAGUUUUUACGACCAUUGUCUUUUCAUUUGUAAGCAAAUCUGUAAAGAACGUCUAA